CUGAAUUUUGACGCGUCGAGUUCAGUAGCUUCUUUCCAGGUUCGAGGUGCUGCUGAGCGGCCAGCUAUUCCAACAGCUGUUUUUCGACAGUGUCGUUAUUUGGAGAUCCCAGACGUUUACUUGACAGCUUUAUUGUGUUGAAUUCCUCAUUGUGAAGAUGGGCUGCGCCAGCUUCACCUGCUCCAGACAUUCCCUGUGCGCGCUCAACAUCCUCUAUAUAAUGGUGAGUUUGCUGAUGAUUGGCAUUGCGGCAUGGGGGAAGUGGUUUGGCCUGGUGUCUAGUUUCCAGGUGGUGGGAGGCGUCAUCGGCGUGGGAGUCUUCCUGUUUUUUGUUGCCCUAGCUGGCCUCGUUGGAGCCAUGAAGCAUCACCAAGUCCUGCUGUUCUUCUAUAUGAUCAUCCUGUUUUUGGUGUUUAUUGUGCAGUUCUCUGUCUCCAGUGCCUGUUUGUCCAUUAACAAAGAUCAACAGGGUCACUUGUUGGAGGUGGGUUGGAAUAACUCCAAUAACACUCAGAGAGAUGUGGAGAAGAGUCUCAACUGUUGUGGCUUCAAGCAGGUUGACACUAGCAGGACGUGUGAAGCUGCCUGUUUCCCCAACCACUCGUGUUCUCCUUGUGCGGAUAAGAUACAGGAACAUGUUGGAGAGAUUCUGCACUUCGUAGGAGAGAUCUGCCUCUUCUUCAGUUUAACUGAGAUUCUAGGAGUGUGGCUCACGUACCGCUACAGGAAUCAAAAGGACCCCAGAGCCAAUCCCAGUGCUUUCCUGUGAGAUGACUCCAGCUCUCCACCUCACCACCAUCUUUGUGGACUUUGAUAUACACUGACUGCUGCACUGCUGCUUUUCCAGGAGGUUUGAAGGACGAGCACAUGCUGAUGCUGUACAUGACAGCUUACUAUAUGUGAACAUGUACGGUAAAGUCGAUACACUGGGCUCUGCUAGGCAUUAAAGAAGAGGCUCGUAUUUAAAUAUUUAUGAGUCCUGUGUGAUGUUGAACCACAGCAGUUUGCAGUGGGUCGCUUCUACUUUUAAAUGCAAUAACAUAAACCAUUGAAUUUUUAAAAUGUGUGGCAGGUUUGUCUUGGUUUUGGAUGUGUAUUAGGUAUAUUUGUGUAUUUGGCUUUUUGCAUGACUUACAUAAGCUCCUGUUUGAGAACUGCACUGGUGAAUGUGACACACACUUUCUCAGCCUUCAAUAAAACACUAAUGAUAAUCCCUGAA